GCGCGCGCGUGAGUGCGAGUGAGUGUGUGUGUGUGUGUGCGGUUGUUGUCCUUGAACAUAAAAUGGAGAUGAAAAUCACCAAAAUGGCAAAACGUGACCCGAAGAAGCCGAGGGGCAAGAUGUCCUCUUAUGCCUACUUCGUUCAGACUUGCCGUGAAGAACACAAAAAGAAGAAUCCUGAUGUCCCAGUUAACUUCUCAGAUUUCUCCAAAAGGUGCUCGGAGAGAUGGAAGACUAUGUCGGGCAAAGAGAAGUCGAAGUUCGAAGAUCUGGCUAAAGUAGACAAGGUGCGUUAUGAUCGGGAAAUGAAAACCUACAUCCCACCCAAGGGUUCGAAGAAGAAGAAGGAUCCCAAUGCACCAAAGAGGCCUCCAUCUGGCUUCUUCUUGUUCUGCUCAGACCAUCGACCAAAAAUCAAGGCUGGUAGCCCUGGCUUGACAAUUGGCGAUGUGGCAAAGAAACUGGGUGAGUUGUGGAAUGGCUGCACUGACGAGGAGAAGAAGCCUUACAACGCCAAAGCUGCUAAGCUGAAAGAGAAAUACGAAAAGGACGUUGCUGAUUAUCGUACCAAAGGCAAGGUGGAAAGUGCGAAGAAAGCCCCUGCCAAGAAGGAGGCAUAUUGUGAUGAUGACGACGACGAUGAUGAUGAUGAGGAGGAGGAAGAUGAAGAAGAUGAUGAUGAAGAUGAUGAUUAAAUUGUAUAUUUCCCUCAGCAUAAUUACUUGCUCUGUAACUGAAAGCAUUUAAACCCUGUUACAAGUGUUGCAACCUUUUAAUUUUGUAAGUUGGUGUGUAUAUGGUCUAAGACAAAAAGCAGCUUGAGUUUUAAACUGUACAGGCCUUUUUGUAAUAUUCACACUACAGUGGUGGAGAUUGAUUCAUCUGUUAGUUCUUCUUUCUGUAAAUGGCAGCUUAGCCAAUUCUCUUUACACAGAAAGGAGAUUUAACUGGAUUAAGAUGUAUUUAUGUGGUGUUUUUUGUGUUUAAGUGCAGUAUAGUUUAAGUACUGUUGUAGCCAAUUCUUCGAUUUCAGGAUUGCUGUAAGUAUGAGGUAACAAAGCAAUCACAGUUUAAAAACCAUCAGAGUUGUCGCUAAGUGUGUUGGGUCUGACCUGCUCCAGGCAACAUUGCACAUCGUCUUGGCCUGCAUGAACGGUUGUCCAGUAUGAUUUUUAAAAUUCAUUCUGAAUUGAGUUAGUAUAGAUUUUAGAAGCCGAACGAGUUGCAAGAGGGUAACUCCUUGGAUAACUAUUGAAUAAUUGGGACCUAUUUAAUUGAAAAGAAUGUGGAAUAGUAGGAUAUCUGACCUCCUAUUUCCAUUUCCAGGUAUUAGUGGAGCAGAAGCACAGGACUUAAUAUGACAAGCAAUUUAUCUCCUGUUAUGCACACAAGUUUUUCUUCCUAAUGAGCAGUUAACAAAAAGGCUUAGUUUUAUUCUGGAUCUAACGGACCCCACUGCUUGGUUUAAAGCACUUGUGCACUCAACCUUGUUGACCUAGCUCGAUGAAUAUAUUAUAUACAGCAUUUUUGUGUAUACUAUUUGGCUGCACACCUGUGGGGGAGAUAUUGGAUAUCGAAAAGGUAAGUGCACAUUUCUUGCAACUGAUGCAAUUUAGGAACAAUUGGGUCAAAUCCAUUAAUGUCCCUGUUAUUUGGAAUGACUGUGCAAAGUGCCAUGUGAGGGUGUGAAUAUUCAUAGGCUGGAUGCUUUACCAUCCUAGUGACAACCCUGAAUCUUCUGUACUUUAAAAAUGAUCUUGUAACUAAGGUAUAUUUUCUUUUUGUAUGUUUUAGUAUGCUAAAAUGUGUUUUGAAGUAAUUAAACAGGAUUAAAUUUGUAAA